CCAUUGAAAAUUUGCCAGGAUAUGCUGUCACACUGCAGCCGGGAAGCAAUUUUUAUCGGGUCAUAAGCGGUCACACUGCUGCACAACCCAAAAGAAAUAACUAAAAUAUAAUUAAUUAACGAAAUAUUGCACUAAAAGCGAACUUAAUCCAGCCGUGGCAGCCUCACCCCGCCGCCCCCGCCACGCAGUACACAACACGCCCCCCGGCGGCCAGGCAGUUACUCGGCCAAAUUCAGACGCCAUUUCGCAAAUUUUUUUUGCGAAAAUUUUGUUCUGGGCAGGAAAAACUUUGCGAAAUAAUAGUUGCCGACGAGUUUGGGGUUCGCAACUAUGAAACUGUGAGUCUGCAGCUUAAAAGUAAGCCCAAAUCGAAAAUUUCGAGCAACGGGACAGAUAAAGUGAAAAUUUUUGUUUAUAGAUUUUUGCAACUGUGCCCGCUGAGCAAGAAUAUGUAAACUUAAAGGAGCCAGUUCUUAUUGGAAAAAGGACAAUAAGAUCGAGAGAGUGAGACGGACAGUCAGGGUGACAGGGAGCGCCAGGAGUCGCCGACCAACAGUGCCUCAAACCAGCAACAACAACAACAACAAAACGACGAACAGACAACUGGCAACUCCCCGCAUCUCGCAACUUGGACACCGGACACUUCACAACUGCCAUAAUCCAGGAACAACCCAAAGCCAAAACAAAAAUAUAUACAUUUAUUGUUAAAAAAAAACAAGAAAAUACCGCCCAGUGUAGACUGCAGUAGGAUUACUAAGACACAUAGAAGUAGGGCUCCUACUACAACUUCGCCGCCUCCAAGUCCGUCUCCAUAUCUCCUCUGGAUUAAACCAAUUUUGCUUCCGCUGCUGUGCAGGAUCACGACAACGAGGAAGCUGCGUUAGCUUGGGAGGAGCACCUAUUGUCACAAUGACGUUCGACACGCGCAGGCAAGCCGGCGGCCAGCCGGGCAGCACAUCGACCAGCAGCAGCAGCACGACAGCGACUACCACCACGACCAGUCCGGCGCAGAGCAUGGGAUCAGUCACGGGGACAGGCACUGGCACUGGCAGUGGCAGUGGCAGUGGCGCUGGCACAGUCACCACCACAUCGAUCAUCGGAGGUGGCGUUGGCGGGGGCCAAGUGACGAGCAACACCCAGGAGCAACAGACGCCAUCGGUGGGCAACAGAAGUGCCGAAGUCACCGACGUGGUGGCCUCGUCUUCGGCGAGUAGCGUAGACAGCACCGUGACACUAGUGCCUCCAGAGAAGCUGAUAUCCUCGUUUCCCACGACCAAGCUACGCAUGCUGACCCAGAAGAUUUCCAAUCCGCGCUGGGUGGUGCCUGUGCUGCCGGAGCAGGAGCUGGAAGUGCUGUUGAACGCGGCCAUUGAACUGACUCAGGCUGGUGUCGACCACAACUGCGAGCCGUGCGUGGAGUUCUACCGCAACGGGCUGACAACAUCUUUCGCCAAAAUCCUCACCGACGAGGCGGUGAACUCGUGGAAGUACAACAUCCAUCAUUGCAUCCUGGUGUCCUGCGGCAAGCUACUUCACUUGAUAGCCAUUCACAUGCAACGCGAUAAUCCCUACCUGCUGGAUCUUCUGGCGAUAGUCUUCGAUCCGGAGAACAAGUUCAACACCUUCAAUGCAGCCCGCCAUCCGGUGUGCUUCGCCACUCCAGACGCUAUCUGGGGCCCGCUGGACAGCAACAAAAUGUUCGCCAAACCGCCGCCAGAACCGAAGAAUGCGCGUGGGUGGCUGGUAGAUCUCAUUAAUCGUUUCGGCCAACUCGGCGGCUUCGACAAUCUUCUGGAACGGUUCAACAGUGGGCUGGAGCUGCUGAAGCGAAAUCAGAACAAGCCCACUGCCAAGGAAGCUAGCGAUGGCCAGGACAACCGUCUAACGCUCGCCCUCAUCCACAGUCUGCUGCGGCCAUUUGGCCAGUGCUAUGAGCUGCUGACUCCCGCCACCAUCGCCAAGUACUUCAUGCCGACCUGGAAUGUUGUGCUGGACCUGCUGGACAGCUUCACAGACGAGGAAUUGAAGCGCGAAGUGAAGCCUGAGGGCCGGAACGACUACAUUAAUGGAAUCGUGAAAUCGGCACGCUUUCUGGCCAGCCGCUUGACCGGCCAGGAAGAGCUGAUCCGCGAUCUGGAGAUGUUUCGGCUGAAGAUGAUCCUGCGGCUACUUCAGGUGUCUAGCUUUAAUGGCAAAAUGAACGCUCUCAACGAGAUUAACAAGGUGCUCUCCUCUGUGGCCUACUACUCGCACCGCUCGCAGCCGCUCCCCCAUUGCAUGCCGGAGGACGAGAUGGACUGGCUGACGGCUGAGCGAAUGGCGCAGUGGAUAAAGUCCUCGGACGUGCUGGGCAUUGUGCUUAAGGACUCGUUGCACCAGCCCCAAUACGUGGAAAAGCUGGAGAAGAUCAUCCGCUUCCUUAUCAAGGAGCAGGCUCUUACGCUCGACGAUCUGGACGCGGUGUGGCGAGCCCAGGCGGGAAAACACGAAGCGAUUGUGAAGAACGUCCACGAUCUGCUGGCGAAGCUGGCUUGGGAUUUUACCCCCGAGCAGCUGGACCAUCUCUUCGAAGCGUUCCAGGCCAGCAUGACCACCGCCAACAAGAGGCAAAGGGAGCGGCUCCUGGAACUGAUUCGACGACUGGCCGAGGACGACAAGAACGGAGUGAUGGCCCAGAAGGUGCUGAAACUCUUCUGGACCUUGGCCCAUAGUCAGGAGGUGCCGCCGGAGGUGCUGGAUCAAGCGCUGGGCGCCCACGUCAAGAUUUUGGACUACAGCUGUUCGCAGGAGCGAGACGCCCAGAAGACCAUCUGGCUGGAUAAGUGCGUGGGCGAGCUGAAAUCUGGAGACAGCUGGGUGCUGCCGGCCUUGCGUCUUAUCCGGGACAUUUGCUGCCUGUACGACACCACUCCGAAUCAUGCUCCGCGCACGCAGACGGGAACGAAUCGGCAGCAAGUGAUCGAGCGUUUGCAAAACGAUUACACACUGGUUAUUCUCGUGACGAACAGUCUGACAGCGUACAUGGAAAAGGUGCGUCAAAUGGUGGCCGAGACGCCCGGACUGGAUCCAGCUACCAUUUUGAUCGAUCAGCGAUUUCCGCACCAUGCCCAGAUCGCCGAGAGACUGGAGUUCCUCAAGUUUCUCCUAAAGGACGGGCAGUUGUGGCUGUGCGCCGAUCAAGCCAAACAGAUCUGGCACUGCCUGGCGGUGAGUGCCGUCUUUCCGGCGGAUCGUGAGGAGUGCUUCCGCUGGUUCGGCAAGCUGAUGGGCGAGGAACCCGACCUGGAUCCCGGCAUCAACAAGGACUUCUUCGAGAACAACAUCCUUCAGCUGGAUCCGCACCUGCUCACCGAGAGCGGAAUCAAGUGCUUUGAGCGCUUCUUCAAGGCGGUGAACUCCAAGGAGGACAAGCUGAAAGCGAUACACAGAGGUUAUAUUCUGGACAACGAAGAUCUCAUUGGCAAGGACUACCUGUGGCGGGUGAUUACGACGGGAGGCGAGGACAUAGCCGGUAAGGCGAUCGAUCUGUUGAAGGAGGUGUCGACGGCGUUGAGUCCCAGGCUGCAAGAGAACGUUGCCGAGUUCCAUGAGAUGUUCAUCGGCGAGUGUUGUUCCCGCCUGCGCAACCAUUAUGGAAAUAUAAUGAUCCUGGGCAAGACUCAGCUGCAGGACGAGCUCGAGGCGCCCGAUCAGUCGGACAACGCCAAUGACGAGUCGAAGGACGCCAAGAUGCGCUUCAUCGAGGCGGAGAAGAUGUGUCGCAUACUCAAGGUGCUGCAGGAGUACGUGAAGGAGUGCGACCGCUCCUAUAGUGGCGACCGCGUCCACCUGCCCCUCAGUCGGGUUACGCGGGGCAAGAACACUAUUCUGUACAUACGCUUCCAGACUCCGGGGCGGCCCAUCGACGACCUGGAGAUUGUGACGCACAGCAACGAAACGAUGGCCGCGUUCAAGAGGAGCCUCCUCAAACGGAUCAAGGGCACCUCCACGGCCAACAUCAAGGUUGAUCUCUUCUACACGAACGGCGAGAUGAUCGAGGUCUCUGACGAGAUUAAUCCGUUGUACCAGUACACUAUCCGGGACAAGAUGGUUCUCACGGCCAAGCUAACGCCAGUGGGCACCGGCUUGGCCAGCAGCCCCGACUCCUCGAGUGACUCCAGCACCGGUUCACCGCCUCGCCCCUGCCCCGACAUGCAGCGCAUUGAGUCUGAGAGCACCUUGCCCGGGGUAAUCAUAUCGCAGAACUACCAGUACACCGAGUUCUUCCUGAAGCUCUAUCAGCUGGGCAGCGACCUGGAGCACGGCCGUCUGAGGGACAGCGCCAAAGUGCUGCUCCACUUGCUGCCCUGCGAUCGCCAGACGACGCGACAGCUUCAGCUCAUGUGCCGGGUGCCCAAGGCGGCCAUUGCUGCUGUGGCUGUGGGAGAGAAGGCUGCCAAGGAGGACGAGGAGAAGCAGAAUUCAAGUGACCAGUCAUCGAGCGAUCCCGAGGAGGAACACUGCACGCCGGAACAGAUGUUCCUCCACCCGACACCAGCCCAGGUUCUGUACAACUUGAGCGUUCUGCACGGGCUGCUGAUUCCUGCCCUGGACCCUCUGGGCGAGGCAGCCCUGCAGGUUCAAUCCGCUUGGAUGCACUCGGGCUGCGCCCACUUUGUACUGGAACUGCUGACAAAGAAUAAUUUCCUGCCCAGCGCUGACAUGCACACGAAACGGGCGUCGUUCCAGUGUGUGCUGCGCUUGGCGAAGCUGUUCCUGUACAUCGUGGGCAGUGUGUUGUCCCGUGUUGGGGACGAGCCCAUGAUCUGCGACCUGGACAAUGGAGCCCGUUCCCAAGUGGACAUCCUGAAGCAGAACUUCUCGACGAUGCCAAACAGCUCGCAAGGCACCUUGCGGGCCAUCUCCGCCAAGUUGGCGGUGAUGCUGGCACGCGAGAUGCUGUCGGCCACUCCGGAGGGUGAGCGCUGCCGCACACUGUUCAGCUCCACAUUGCAGUGGUCGUGUCCGGACAUCUCCACCAUCAAGGCGGUGGUGCAGCUGGCGUGGGCCUCGUCCUGCGGGAAUCUCCAGGCCCUGGGCAGCAGCAGCAACGCUGGCGGAGACUUUGAGGACGAGGUGAUCGUGCCCGAUGGCCAGGACUUUAGCAUGUGCAAAGAGGCGUUGGAAGUGCUAACCAUUUCGUUCAUACUAAAUCCGAGUGCCAACGAGGCCCUAAGCAGCGACGCCAACUGGCCGAAGUUCAUCACAUCGAUCGUGCUCAAGAAUCCGUUGCGGCAUGUGCGGCAGGUGGCCUCGGAGCAGCUGUUUCUGGCCUCCACCUACUGUGCCGGCGACCGGCGGCCAUUCGUCUACAUGGUCAACUUGUUGGUGGGAGCUCUGAAAACCCUGGUUCCCCAAUACGAGGCCACUUGUGCAGAGUUCUUCUCCAUGCUCUGUCGCACACUGUCCUAUGGUUGCAUCUACAACUGGCCGCUGCAGAUCGGCGAGGGACUUUUGGGCGAUGAGAUCAAGUGGCUGCAACGCAUCCGGGAGAACGUUCGGGCUACCGGUGACACCCAGGUGCACGAGGAGCUGCUGGAGGGGCAUUUGUGCCUGGCCAAGGAGCUUAUGUUCUUCCUCGUCCCGGACUCGAAGGCACAGCUCAAUGAGCUCAUCCACGAGCUCAUCGAUGACUUCCUGUUUACGGCCUCGCGCGAAUUCCUGCAUUUACGGCGGCACGGCAGCCUUCGGCAGGACACAGUGCCGCCUCCCGUUUGCCGCAGUCCGCACACGAUUGCCGCCGCCUGCGACCUUCUAAUUGCCUUGUGCCAGCUCUGUGUUCCUAAUAUGAAGCUACUCACCAAUACACUAAUCGACUUUGUUUGCACGGACACGGAUCCGUUGCGCGAGUGGGAUUAUCUGCCGCCGGUUGGCGCCAGGCCCACAAAGGGUUUCUGCGGACUUAAAAAUGCCGGGGCCACCUGCUACAUGAAUUCGGUUCUGCAGCAGCUAUAUAUGGUGCCGGCGGUGCGGGUGGGCAUUCUGCGGGCCCACGGUGCUGCCACCAACGAUGGCGAGGACUUCAGCGGCGAUUCUGAUUUGACGGGCGGCGGUCUGGGACCAGCUCUCUUCUCGGGUCCCUCCGCUGCCCUAGUCUCCUUCUCCUCGUCGUCGUCGUCAUCGUCGGGCGCUGGCGAGGAUGGGGCCCAGGAUGUCCGGAAAAACUACCACGUGGUUAUUCUGAAGCACGUUCAGGCCAUAUUUGCCCACCUGGGUCACAGCGCUCUGCAGUUCUAUGUGCCCCGCGGACUAUGGACGCAUUUCAAACUGCAAGGAGAACCUGUGAAUCUGCGGGAGCAGCAGGAUGCUGUGGAGUUCUUCAUGUCCCUGUUCGAGAGCCUCGACGAGGGACUGAAGGCACUCGGCCAUCCGCAGCUGAUGAACGCCACGCUGGGCGGCUCUUUCAGUGACCAGAAGAUCUGCCAAGAGUGCCCCCAUCGCUACUCCAAAGAGGAACCAUUUAGUGUAUUUAGUGUCGAUAUUAGGAAUCAUAGCUCAUUAACCGAAUCUCUAGAGCAGUACGUCAAAGGGGAGCUGCUCGAGGGAGCGGAUGCAUACCAUUGUGAUAAAUGUGAUAAAAAAGUAGUUACCGUUAAGCGGCUAUGCGUGAAGAAGCUGCCACCCGUGUUAGCCAUACAACUGAAGCGCUUCGAAUACGACUACGAGCGCGUCUGUGCGAUUAAAUUUAAUGAUUAUUUUGAAUUUCCGCGUAUUCUGGAUAUGGAGCCCUACACAGUGUCUGGCCUAGCUAAGCUAGAGGGCGAAGUGGUGGAGGUGGGUGAUAAUUGUCAAACAAACGUUGAAACAACAAAGUACGAACUGACCGGCAUUGUGGUGCACAGUGGACAGGCCUCCGGGGGCCACUACUUCAGCUACAUACUAUCCAAAAACCCAGCGAAUGGUAAGUGCCAGUGGUACAAGUUUGACGAUGGCGAGGUAACCGAGUGCAAAAUGCACGAGGACGAGGAAAUGAAGGCACAGUGCUUCGGUGGCGACUACAUGGGCGAAAUUUACGAUAACAAUCUGAAACGGAUGCAGUACCGCCGCCAGAAGCGUUGGUGGAACGCCUACAUGCUGUUCUAUACGCGCUGCGACCAGAAUCCCGUACAGUUCGAGCCAAGUGUGGAGCAACUGUCGCUAACGGAAAGCCGAAACAUGGUCCUGCCCCUGCCUAAGCCCAUCGAGCGUAGCGUACGCCAUCAAAAUAUAAGGUUUCUGCAUUCACGUAGCAUCUUCUCCGUGGAGUUCUUCAACUUCAUAAAGAAGCUGGUCAGCUGCAAUAUCCCAUCUGUCCGGAGCGAUAAGAUCACACCCGCCGCCGAGGAGCUUUCCCUGUUGGGCGUACAAUUGGCAUCACAGUUCCUGUUCCACACUGGUUUCCGUACGAAGAAAUCACUGCGCGGUCCCGUCAUUGAUUGGUACGAUACGCUUUCCCAUCAUAUACGCUCCUCGGCACUGGUGCGGAAGUGGUUUGCCAACCACGCCCUGCUGUCGCCUCCCUCUCGCCUGGGUGAAUACAUCCUAAUGGCGCCCUCGCCGGAAGUGCGCACGGUGUUCGUGAAGCUGGUAGUGUUCUUCUGUCACUUCGCCAUCCACGAUGAGCCAUUGCCCGGGUUCGAUGGCGCCAAUCUCUGCGAGCAAGUGCUCAUCAGUGUGCUGCGUCUGUUGAAGUCAGAGGCAGCCGACUACGGUAAACAUCUGCCGCACUACUUCAGCCUUUUCAGCAUGUAUGUGGGGCUCGGAACUCGCGAGAAGCAGCAGCUGUUAAAACUAAACGUCCCGCUGCAGUUCAUUCAAGUAGCCCUCGACGAUGGCCCAGGUCCGGCCAUCAAGUACCAGUACCCGGAGUUCAGCAAACUCCACCAAGUGGUUUCCCACUUGGUGCGUUGCAGUGAUGUGAGCGAGAAGUGUCAGAGCUCGAACCAGAACGCCCGACCCCUUCCCAAUCCGUUCAAGGAUGCAACGGUAUCGCAAGAGGAGCUCACACCCCUGUCCACCGAGUGCAUGGACCUCCUGUUCAACCGCACUGGCUACAUCAAGAAGGUCAUUGAGGACACAAACGUGGGCGACGAAGGCCUGAAGCUGCUGCAGUAUUGCAGCUGGGAGAACCCUCACUUCUCACGGGCUGUACUCACAGAGUUGUUGUGGCAGUGCGGCUUUGCCUACUGCCACGACAUGCGCCACCACACGGACCUGCUGCUGAACAUCCUGCUUAUUGAGGACUCGUGGCAGCACCACCGCAUCCACAAUGCGCUGAAUGGAGUGGCCGAGGAGCGCGAGGGACUGUUGGACACAAUUCAGCGGGCCAAAACGCACUAUCAGAAACGGGCAUACCAGAUAAUCAAAUGCCUGACGCAGCUGUUCCACAAGUCCGAGAUUGCUCUGCAGAUGCUCAACACCAACGCCACCAUCAGCCGGCACUGGAGCGUUGCCGUCGAGUGGCUGCAGGACGAGCUGGAGCGGCAGCGGGGCAUCGGCUGUCAGUACAACUCCUACUCUUGGUCGCCGCCGGCUCAAAGCAACGACAACACCAAUGGGUACAUGCUGGAGCGGUCGCAGUCGGCUAGAAACACAUGGACCAUGGCCUAUGAGCUCUGUCCAGAUGAGAUAACCGAGAAACCGGAUCAGGACGAGAACAACGAGUCUGAUUUGGAGUCCAAUCUAGACGAAAACAAAGCGGACCCGGCAGCACAGACUGCAGAAACGCAGGAAGGCUUAACUGGAGGCACGGAAUUGGUGGGCGAUGCCAAGCCUGCCACCACCAGUAGUCCCUCAACUGGCGCCUGGCUGGCUCGAGGGGAUAAUAAUGCCAUCCCACGGCUCUCGCGACAGCUCUUUGGAGUGUAUACAGCAACAACACCCGCAACGACAACGACGCCAGCAGCAACGGCGGGCAGUGGGGCAAAUAGCGAGACUGAGAGCAGCGCUCAGGAGACGACAACCGGAGAGACGACGUUAAAUGGGCUGACCAAUCGAUUGGACCAUAUGGAAAUCAAGGCCAAAAAGAUAUAUCCCAAAAACUUCAGUAUGACGGCAAAAAAGCUAGAAAGUAAGGAGAGGAGUGCUGAGGAGGCGGCGCCCGAUUCGUCGGAGGCAACCACGGAGUUGACAACGACAAAUCCCCCAACAACGUCAGCACCGACAUCCGGAACAACCACAGCAGCACCCACUGGAGCGGGCGAGCUCACAACGAGAAUAGAGAAGAACUUAAUUUAGAACGGGGAAAGCGGAAAGAAAGUAGGUCGCAAAAGAGUGACCGGAAACGAACAGUUCUUUGCAAUAAAAUGUAAUCGCAACCUAACAAGAGCAGCAACUUAUGAGCAUCCAUAGCGAUAAGUGAAUCACAUAAGCAGCCUGACAAUGAGAGCGGCGUGGGCCGGUGUUUUACUAGUGGGGCUCCCGCCGUCGAAAAAGAGACUUAAUGAGUUAAAGUGCGAUCGUAGAGAAGAAUCCGUAGAUAUAAAAAAAAAUGGAGAACAUACAUACAUAUAUAUAUAUAUUAAAAGCGGUCUGAUAGUGAAGAGUCGCAAGUCAAGUAUCGAGAGUCGAGAGGAGGGUAUGUACGAGUACCAACCAAGGUGUUUAAUAGAUAUCGAACUUUACAAUUACCUUAAAAACAUCAUAUACAGAUACAAAUACAGACACCUUAAAAACACAAAUUACCCACUACAAAAAAAACUUAUAACAAAAUAAAAAAAAAAGAAAAAAACAAGAAACCAACACCCCACUUGCAUCAUACAUGAACGCAAACAAAGAAACACACUCAUAAAUACUAAGAUGCGUUAAGUUGCACGUUUAAAGUACCAUAUAAUUGUAUUUAUAUAGUAUAUAAAUGAUGUAUUACGUAUUGAAGCCGAGCAACAUUUACUAAUACUAACCGAUAAACAAAAUUAUAAUAAAAAAAAAAAUCAAAACAAAAAACAAAAAAAGAAAAUAUAGAUACGAUUCUAGGGAAACAACUAAUCGAAACGAAACGAUCGGCUGAAUGUAAGAAUUAGGGCAAGAAACCAAAUUGCAUCUUCAGUACUCAGUACUCGCCUGAAACUGUUUCCAUAAUCAUAUUUCAAUUGCGUUAAUCAAGUUAGAGGGAUGCUAAAUCAAAACAACAGAACAAGUAUAAACUCAAAAGCAAAAUGGACUAAAGCAAAUCGAAACGAGCAUAAAGGAAACUUGAUUAUGUUUAUACUAAGUAUAUAUAAAUAUAUUUUUAAUUGAUUAGUGUUUUGUAUUAAGUGAAAUUUGUUAAACAUUUAUUAAAUUAUUAUGUUUUAAGUUGCAAAAUAAAAGCGAAUUGUAAGCAAG